AUGAAUGCAGAUGGCAAAGUUUUCGACUUAUGUGAGAUCCUGAACGGCUUGACACUUCACUUUGCCCAGUUCAAACAGAUGUGUAUACCUGCUGGAUGUGAUCACUUGAAGAACUGGAGAGGAAUUGGAAUUCACAAGGCAUGUGAUAUGGCUGCAGGAGAUAGGGAUGUUUUAGAUGCACUGAUAAGCAAAGGAGCAGAUGAUGAGUACUGCGAGAAUUUUAAAAUGGCUCUUGCAGUCGUCAAACAUCAGACAGUGUUCAAUUUGGAAUCCUGUUCCACUCGUCUACUUGAUAAAUGGGAAUCUGACUCAUCCAUUGGAAUGCAUCACCUCUGUGGAUUGUAUCCUUGUUCAGUUUGUACGCAAAUGGAAAUGUUUUUAUCAUAA